ACAGAGAAUCGGCCAUAUAUAGUAAGAUAUAUAUUGUAUAAAUUGUGCAGUCAACAACUUUAAACUGUCUCAUCUUUUCUGUUGGAUAUUUAAAAUCUUAGACCAACCAAAUUGCACCCAAUCAAAAUGACGCAAGCGCCGUUUUGUCUCUUCGGCCUGGCGCUCUUUUCGAAGAAUUUAAAUCAUUGGCUGCUCUGUUCUAAUUUGUUGUUCAUCGAUGGUUUGCUGUUCGCUCGCUUGUUGUUUGCUCAUCAACUCGACUUCGUAUGGCAAAAGUUAAAAAUUUACCUAAAAGUCAAUUCAAACAUGCCUGCCGUUGCAACUACAUCCGAUGAUGAUAUUGUACUUGUCCGAAAGAAACAUCCUGAAAUUUUUGAAAACAAUCAGCUGAUCAAGGAAAAGAAUGCAAAAUGGAAGCCCAUUAAACAGAAGCUGCCAAAUAUUUCUCUACACAACCUAUAUAUUAGGAUACAACAAAAUAGAUCUUGUAACAAAUGCAAUGCUCAAGGUAUUCAAGAUAGGCUAAAGAAGAUUUUUUCUCAUCACUCUGAGAUAUCAAGUUUCUGGCCAACCAUAGGUGUUACAAAAACUGUUCAAGAUACCUGUAAAAGCAACGAAAACAAUGAAGAAAUAAUCAAAGAACAAAUUCCUAAUCAAUCAUACACUUAUGUUGAUGAAUUUGAUACUAUUCAUAAAAUGAAAUAUGAUGUUAAUUACAGUAAUAUUAUCAAUUCAAUUUCGUGCAACAAAUUAGAAAUUAUUUAUUUUUCAAAAGAGCAGCUUGACCUGUUGAAGGAUGUUAUUAAUUGUGAAUUGCCAAAAUCAGUUAUUGUACUAAGUAGUAUUAUUGAUAAAACAAAAAUGAGAAGUCACAUCAGUGAACCAGUUUCAUAUCUAUCAUUAUCUUGUUGAAUGGAAAACCAAGUAAUAUCUUUAGUUCAAGGCCUUUCAGAAUUUAUAGAUAAAUCAUUUGUUUAUAAUUUUAUUUUGCGCAUUUUGAAAACAAGAAUACCAUUACCUUAAAAUUUGACAAUAAUUUAUGAUCAGAGAAUCAUGGAUGGCAUUUGUACAGCAGUUAAUCAGUGCACUUUUGAGGAGUACAUUUCAAAAUGUUAUAACAAUAUUGAAGUUUCAGUUAAUUUACAUAUAGAUAUUGUAAGUUUAUUAAUAGCUAUUAGUAAUCUGGAGCACUUUCAUUUGAAACCUAAACUUGUCAAGAAUUUUUAUAUCAAAUGUGUCAUUCAAUUAAGUUUAUGUUCGAAUCGUGAAGAUUUUGAUAGCAUGGUUAAAGAUAUAUUUAUCCUGGUAGCAAAAUCUUUUUGAAUCUGAUGCAAAUCUGACGCAAAGUAUCAGAAUGUAAGAAAAUUUCAGCAGAAAUGAACCCGUUAAUUUCUGCAGACAAUGCAAUUUCUGCUUAAUAUUGAAACAGUAAUAAUCGUGCAGCAGAAUUGUAUAAGCUUUAUCGUGAUAAUUUUGGCAAGUACUUUCUGAAUCUUUUGGUAAUUCUCUCUGAACAAUAAUUGAUCUAAAAUUGCACAAAAUGAAUUCCAAUUGCAUACUACAAAAUUAUUGCAAAAGAAUUAAAAAAUUUAAAUCACUUUG